GGAAUAAUAACAUCUGGUCCUGGACGUGAAGGUGUGUGAGUGUGUGGGUGAUGCUCUCUCCCGGUUUGGACUUGGAUGAACACUUUCGGCCUCCUCAGUCGCUAUCUACACUGUCGCCUGAGUGUAACCGUUCGAAACUGUUCUAGGAUGCCUUUUUACGCCGUCGCCAGGGGUGUUACCCCUGGGGUUUACGCCACUUGGGCGGAAUGCCAAGACCAGAUCACUGGAUUUAAGGGAGCUAGGUAUAAGAAAUUUUCAACCAUGACUGAAGCCCAGGAAUUUGUACAAGAACAUGCUGCCAAUAAUCCUGUCGUGGAUCGACGUUCUGAAAGCGAGAAGACUGCGGAAAAGAAAGAUUCAAGCAAUGGUUCAGAAGCAAAACCAGAAUCUAAGCCAGAAUCUUGCACUGAGAAAAGGAAGCACUCGAGCGAUGGGGAAGAGGAGACGGAGGAGGGUUCCGAGAAGAAAAAGUUGGCUACGGACGACAAGUCGAAGUUUUCUACCGACAGUGAUGGCUUCAUGAUUGUUUAUACGGACGGUGCCUGUCAAUUCAAUGGUCGACAUGGGGCGCAAGCAGGAGUAGGAGUGUUCUUUGGACAUGGCCACCCAUUGAAUGUUUCUGAACCAGUUCGUGGCAAGGCAACUAAUAACAUGGCUGAAAUCCAGGCUGCUACAUAUGCAGUGGAACUUGCACAAGCUUCAGGUUUCAAAAAAGUAGCCGUUCACACAGACUCUCAGUUCAUGAUUAACUGCAUGACAUCAUGGUUGAAGGGCUGGAAGAAGAAGAACUGGGUCAAGAGUGAUGGAGAGCCUGUCAAGAAUAAGGAUGAACUGAUUGCUUUGGAUAAGGCCUGUGAUGGGUUAUCUGUGAAGUGGGUUCAUGUGAAGGGCCACGAUGGUCAUGAGGGUAAUGAAGAGGCCGAUAGGCUAGCAAGACAAGGAGCUAAACUAUAUAAGGCCGAGAACAACAAAGCUGACGAUGACGACUAAGUGAGAAUCUCCUUUGUUAGUUCAAAGUUUCUUAAAUUGUAUGUUGAAUAUUCUAUUUAGCAAUUUUUGCAGCCUGUUAUUUUAUCACAUGUAUUUUGUUUGUGAUGUUGCUUCAAUGGAUCUGAAGUAUGAUUUUUUUGGUUUAACAGCACUUACUUUUCUUUUUCAAACAUAAUAUAAUGAACUUAGGUUCUGCCAUAAAGGUUUUCAGCUCUAAAAAGAGUUUAGAGUUCAGUUUUAGAGAAGUAUUUUUGUAUAUUUAUAUAUUGAUGUUACCAAGUACUACUAGGAUUUUCUAGUCUAGUACUAAUCUUGAAGGAAAGUAUUUUGUUUCAAAAAUCAAUAAACCAGUGAAGAGUUAAUUUUAUAACCUAACCAUACCACAGAGAGAAGUGAGACAGGAAAGGGAAGAUAGAAAAUAUUCAGGAUAGCUAAAUGACAGAGGAAAGAUGGAAUCUGAAAGGAAUGUUGAAAAGAAAGAGAUCAGUGAAUUAUUUUGGUAAUUUUGAAAAAAUCUAACUGAAGAGAAUGAAUAUGAAGUGAAAAGGCACAGGACCAGAAUAUUUGAAAACCUAAAUCUAAAGACUCAAAAGAGUGACAUUAAACAGGUGAUUAUAGAAGAAUAAUAGUUUGAGCAUUUCUCUGAAAGUGGUAGUGCUGGAGGAAAGUUCAAGUAACUGGUUGAAAUCAGUAUUUACCAUUUAGUCUUGACAGAUUCAAGAAGUUUCAAAAUUUGUAAUGAAUCAGAUGUGUUAUCUUUGUGGGUACAGAGAAGACAUUUGACAGGACCAAGUCAUGUAUUUCUGUCAUAUAGCUUCCCCUUAAAUGUUUUUUAUCGGCUGCUUUUUCUUGAAUUCCUUGUCUAAUAAAAUUUUUUAAAAACUUAAUAUUUGUUAUGAAAACACAGUAGUUGUCCAUUAAAAAGGCAAAAGGUACCAGUCUCAUCAAAUCAGUGAUAGUGGCUGGUGUGAGAAUAGUUUGAAAAAUUUAGCAUCUUCAAGCUGCAAAGAGCAUAAAGGGAGGUGGAUAGGUCUCUAGGAAUCAAGAGGAGGCUUGGAUACUCUUCAUUCUCCUUGCCUUCUUCAUUCUUUACGAUUAUCACCGCAAGAAGAGGUCCUGACGUUCCUCAUAGAGGGUUACAUAUACCUGAGGUGGCUGUCAUGUUGGUACUCAAUUUUGGCUGUGACUACAUUUCAAGAUUUUCAACCCUCACAGUGGAAUAGAGUAUUGUGCCUUUAGAUUUAAAGAUUUGUUCAUGUUAUUACAUUUUUCUUGUAUGCAAGUUACAUAAAAUUUUGAAAUCAGCCAAA